AUGCGACAAACAACAAAACCUUACAUAUCAGAAGUGUCAGCACUCGUCACUGCUGAUACGGCUUAUAAGAAGUCUUAUUCGGCUAUCACGAUCACUGUUGCCGAUGUCGAGCUUAUAAAUAGAAGAAGGGCAAGAUGGGGAAUGUUAAAAGCCAUUGGUCAAUUGGUUACAUUAUUUUUUAUAUCGUGUAUAAUAGUGUAUAUGGUCGUUCAAGAAUAUUUACCGCCAAUCGACGAAGAAAAGCGAGACAUUCUUCACCUACCAAAGAAUCUUGAUGAUCUAAAAGCGCUAAAUGAACUUCUUGGAAGCUACAUGGGAAGAUAUUAUCAUAAUGUGCUCACUACAUUUAUCGUAGUAUAUGUAUUUCUCAACACAUUCUCAAUACCGGGAAGCAUGUGGCUGUCAAUACUCGGCGGAGCGUUAUUUGGUCUUCCUGUCGCUUUGGCAACAGUAUGCAUAUGUUCUGCAGUCGGUGCAACAAAUUGCUACCUGCUCUCAAAACGUUUUGGUAAAUCAUUAGUAAGACGCAAAAUGGCCGACCGCCUUGAUCGUUGGUCAGCCACCCUGCAAGCACAUUCUGCGCACCUUUUAAACUACAUAAUAGUCCUCCGUAUCGCCCCAUUUCCGCCUAAUUGGUUUGCUAACAUUGCUGCUCCACAUGUUGGAGUGCCGCUGAAACCGUUCUUUUUUGGAACUCUUCUUGGCGUCGCCGGUCCAUCGACUUUGCACGUACAGGCAGGUUUGACAAUUGAAAAAGCGACUAGCGAAGAGGGAUUACAUCUUUUUUCUUGGACUAGUAUUGGAGGAUUGGCACUUAUCGCACUGGCUGUGAUGAUCCCAGUAUGGAUUAGGAGACGUGUAGAAAGAGAGGCUGAAGAUGCGGAUGACGUGGACCAAGAACAGAGCACGACUGAAUUGCCACGCUAA